AAAAUAGCGGUCUUUUUUGGAAAAAAUUUUUUGUUUGUUUUACCGGUAGCUACCGUCGGGUCAGCGCUCGCCUUGGUCGCCUGAAGAAGCGCAAAACCUCAGAAAAACCCUACAACAACUUAGCAAUGCCAUCUUCGUGUUUAAUUCGACCGAUUGUUUUAAAAAAAAUUAAAUCUUGGGUUUAGUUUUGCAAGAGUAAAAUUUAAAAUUGAACCGGUCAUUUUAUUAUCCGUUUGUAAUUUCCAUUUAGAAAGUGGUGCUUUUUAUCAAAAUCAAGCUUAUCGAUGCCCCACCACAGGUCGCAGCAUCGAAGAGUGGAACGGUCGAUUGCCGAGUCGGCCCUCGGCACCCAACCCUGGCAAUAAAGGAGGCUUCGACCCCGUAUCGUGAGAACGGAUCUGCAUCGAGAAUUGACAAAAUGAGCCGUUCGGAGAAAGACAGGGCCAAGCAGAUCCAAGAUAAAUGCCAACAACUCCUCAACCAGAUGCUGAGGGACGAAGACAACAAAUACUGUGUCGACUGCGAUGCCAAAGGUCCUCGUUGGGCAUCUUGGAACAUCGGGAUAUUUCUGUGUAUCCGCUGUGCGGGUAUCCACAGGAACUUGGGAGUACACAUAUCGAAGGUGAAAUCUGUUAAUUUAGAUACAUGGACACCGGAACAAGUUGUCAGCCUCCAGCAGAUGGGAAAUUCAAGGGCAAGGGCGGUGUAUGAAGCAAAUCUACCGGACAGCUUCAGACGUCCACAGACUGAUUCAUCCCUUGAAACGUUCAUCAGGGCGAAAUAUGAGGCGAAGAAAUAUAUCGCCGGCGAGUGGGUGCAGCCACCCCUCCCAAAAAUUAACUGGGAUAAAGAGCUCGACGAGGAGGCUGAAAGGAACAGAAAGAAGAAGAAGGAGGCCAAAAACCUCGGAGGGGUUGCGAUUCCAGUUCCAAAAAAAUUAGAUUCAGUGGUCCCUCAGGCAAUCCCGAAACCUAAUUCCAGCCCGAAAUCAUCAAGCAGAGGUACACCGCCCAGGUCGACUUCAGUACCAAAACCGGCAAGCGCUGAUUUAUUGGGAUUGGACACGCCGACGUCUGAAGGAGCUGCGUCGCAAGGAGACGACUUCUCUUCAUUCCUUUCUGCACCGAGUGCAGCGAGUACAGCAAGUACGGCUCCGAAACGUUCAGAGGAAGAGGACAGUUUCUUUAAUCAGGCGUUGCCUGAGACCACGACUCCAGGUCGCCUCACAACAGAUUCCAUCCUUGCUCUCUAUGCAAAAUCCCCACAACAGCCGCAAUACCAGUUCCAACAACCCUUUCAGCCUUUCCCUCAGACACAGUUCCCACAUAACGGCGUCCUUCCCAAAGUGCAGCAGGUGCCCAAUACCCAAAUCACCUCAAAUCCUUUCUACCAGAUGUCCAAUACACAACAAAAUAUCACAAAGGACUUUUCUGCGAUGAAAAUAAACCAAAUAAAUCAACCAACCAAUCUCGCCAACACGAACCUCUGGCAAUAAUGGAUGAGUGAGAAGUUUGUGUAAAUUAUUAUUUGAACAUGUUUAAGAAAUUGUAUAUGUAUAUACAGGCAUAUAAUAUGUUUAUAUACAGUGGGAGAUAUAUAUAUUAUACAUAAGUGGAUUUGUGCAAUUUUUUCGUAUGUAUCAUUUAACGAUUUCAUCUGAAACUCGGAUCAAUGUAAAAUCGCACGUUUAUAUUUAUGAGUGAUGUGUUAAGAAAUGUUAUUUAGGGACUCAUUUGUCUUCGGACAGUAAUAUAAAGGAGAACUGGA